UUUUGUUACAUUUUGGCCAAAUUUAAUUUUGUUAUUAACGAAGCACGACCUUAAGCAACUUUUACGAAAGUGGCCGGCUGUAGCCGUAUUUACAUCCGGGUGUCGCAUUAGCAUCGUGGUUCGCGAUUCGAACGUUGCGUGUUGCGUUGGGUCGCAAUAAGGACAUAGCAUCGUGGUUCGCGAUUCGAACGUUGCGUUGGGUAGCAAUAAGCAACAAUUAGCUCAUUAGGUAGCCGAAGUUCGGCGCCUUCAGAUACCGAAAUGUCGGUUACGUGCCUCCUAACAGUGGGCACUAAUGGUGCACGUCGUAAGUUGACACUUGAAGAAGCGAACCUACGUGGUGUAAAGGCGUCCGCGAGCACCUGCAGUCUCCUGGCUUCAGAGAUAAACUUCGAAAGCGACAGAUUUCAGGUGCUCGACAAAGAUUUUAACGAGUAUGUGGACGUACUUGACGAGGACAAAAUUCAUGACAUGGCCCUUCUUCGUGUCGUGAAGACAGCACAUGGCGGUGAAACUCCAAGUGGAGAGGGAAGCUCAGUUGAUGAAAACACUCCAGGAACCAGCCAGGAGCGGCAUUUCAAAAUUACACCAAGUCAUGGUGACGACGAUGGGGCAGGAUUUGUACUUCCGGACUUCGACUUUCUUAAAGCGGCUGCAGCAGGAGGCAAGCCACUCGGCUCCUAUGUCACAACGAGAAUUGUCGACGUUUUGUUCCAAGAAAUGGCAACGCAUACAUUGUACCCAUCCAGAGCGUUUUACCAAAAUGUGGGGCGGGCACUCGUAUCUCAAUACCAGUCUUGGUACAAGUCUGCUCAAUACCCACAGCUGGCAGAUACCUGUGGAAGUGGCCAUGAUUCUUGGGUCAUGUUUAUAAGGCAGAAGUUCAAAAAUGAAAGGAGGAAACUGUCAACCGAUCGUGUAAUGAGCAGCAGAGAAAAGUAUGGCAGUACCGCAAAGAAACCAAGAACUUCCAGUGGAACCACGACAGAAGAGCUGCAGCGUGGCAGCAUUGGACAAACUUUGGCACAAAGUUCGACUCCUUGUGGAGAAGAUGCGAGUAGUCUUGCGCAGCAUGAGGCAUGGCUUUGCCAAGAGUGGAAGAAACCAAAUCCUGACAAUCAGCAAAUGCGCUGCAGACUGGAACUGACGCAUCAGGCCAGAGUGGAACAAUUAAGCAGACUGUCGGUUGCUGUGGCCGUCACCAAGUAUCCAUACUUACGAGACGCCGAUUUGUUUUUCCACGACUUUAAUAUGCUACUCAAGAAAGAUGGAGCUGCAGCUGUGGUGGAAGGGAUGCAAAUUGUCCUGAGCCUAGCCCUCGGGGAUCGCUUGGGAGCCAAAAGAAAGGACACGAUGCCUGUCCUGGAGGCUGACGAGGCGACAGCUUGUGCAAGGCGCAAGAAACACAUCCGGGCUGUACGAACCUUGCAACUCCUGGCGAAACUUGUUCAUCAACCAAGAGCAAUGGAAGCAAUGUUUGUGCCUCUGGAAGGGGAGAAACCGUCUACACCAUGCAUUGCUUACAGUGGCACCUCUGUUGAGCAGGCAGACGACCUGUUCCUUUACAUUGAGAAGCAGCAGUUACUGCGUGUGAUUGAUGCUGAGCAAGGCAUUGCUGCAAUGAUGGCGGCGUACUAUCUUUUUGACAUCAACUAUGCUACAGCAGCACACAGUUUGUGCUGCGUUGUAGAACAUUUAUUUUUUGGUGUUCGUGUAACAAAACCGAGGUGCGCAACACAGCGCUUCAUCUCUUCUUACGUGGCAGAGUUCUCCAGUGUUCAGCUGCAGUCUUCUGCCAAAUAA